AUGGACGUAUCUGGUAAAGUUCUGUAUGAUAAAGUUCGAAAUUUACGUUCGGAACUUUCGAACGUUGUUACACCAGAAAUAUUAGAUAAAAUUUGCGACAAACCUUCGCUACAACCAUUUUUAAAAUGGUUCUGCGAAAAUGUAAAUAAUGUCAACGUUCUUUCAAACGAGGAUGUCCAAAUAAAAAAUAAACUCCAAGAAAUGAAUGAAUGGGUAGAAGGUUCAGAAUUAGAUCAUGCAUUAAAGGAAAAUACUAAAGAUUAUCCUGAUUUAUUGAAAAUCAUUUUUUUCGAUGACACAAAUAUUAACGAUUUGUUUGCAGAAUAUGAAAUAGUGAAGAAUUCAUAUAAGGAAGACAAAAAUUAUAUUUAUACAUUGCAAAAUGGGAUACAAAAUUUAAAAAAAUUAGAAAUUGAAUUAGACGAGACUAUAGAAAAGGAAGAAGAAUCUUUGGGUAGAGAAAAUAUUAAAGCUAAUAGAGCAUAUGAAGAAUGUUCCAUAAUUAUGAAAAAAUUCGAUACUCAGAAUCAUCAAUUUUUUAAAGAAGUUGAGUUCCUUUUGAACGUUUAUGCGGACGCAGCCGAAAAUAAAGGAAGACCAUUAUUAUGGACUCAAAUGCCAUUAAAACUCUUUACCAAAACCAUAGAACUAUAUAAUCAUUACUUAGAUGUUCAUAUAAAACAACAGUUUGGAAAUGCAAACAGUGUGGAAGAGCAAAAGACUGAUUCUAAUUAUGUUUCCUUAAUUAACAGUAAUAAAGAAAAAACUAUGGAUAACGAAAAGUUAUUGGAACUGACAUUAUGUAAAACAAACUUAACUAAUGCAAAAAUAGAAGAAAUUCUAGCAAAAGUACAAGAGGAAUCGUACGUUGCAAUGUUGAAUUAUAUAGAAGAUAUAUAUAAUUUAGGAGAUAUGAAAGUACCCAAACAUUCUGAAUUAAGAACAGAAAUUUUAAAGGUAACUAGGAAAAGAGAUUUUUUAGAAGAAAAUAUCACUUUGUUACAAGAACGUCAGUUAACAGAAGUGGUGCAACAAUUCUCAGAAUUGGAAAUAACUAAGAUCUUAAAACAGGAUGCUCAUACGAGACUUAUACGAACAAAAAAUCAUUUAGAAAAACUUAGAAACUUACGGUUUCUUGCACGAGAACAUGGUCACGUGCACACUGAUUUAUUACGAAUGCUGAUGGAAGUGCAAUUUCAGUGUCUUAAAAAUGUUUCUGAAUUUGUAGCUGAUGCUUACCACUAUUUUACAACAGAAUAUUCACUAUCAUCCACAAGAUGUGAAAGUAUGCAGAAACUGCAAAACAAGUAUUCUGCCAUUGUAUCUUCACCAAAAAUACAUAAUUCAUUUCACAAAUUUUUUUUUUCAAUGGUAUGUAGUGACAAUAGUACACAUCAAUUAAAUUCUGCAUUACAAAAGUAUAAUGAUCUCAUAGAUGAAAACAAAAUUAAAAGAAAAAACCUAUUGAAAACUUAUUUAAAUUCAAAAGUUGACAAAUUAGAAAUAUUGGAAAAUGAAAUAAAUUCGCAAUAUUUAAACGAAGUUGAGAAAGGACCUACACAUACAUAUAAACCAAUUUCUUAUGAUAUUGAAAUAAAUCACAGUGAAGCACUCAAUAAUUUACAAAAGAUACAAAAUGAUUUGACAAAAAUCAGAAAUCAAAUGAAAGAACGAUUGAAGGCAGAUACAAACUUCGAGCGAGAAAAGGCUAUUCUUUGGCAACGAUUUCUAAUCGAUCCUGAUACAUUAAGAAAAACAUAUAAACAAUUGAAAACUGUGACAAAGAGAUCUUGCUUCGAUGAUGCACUUAAAAAGGAAUUAAAUGAUUCACUGUAAUUUACUACUAUUAUAAAUAUAACCAUACAAUAAAUAUUAUAAAUAUUAUAAUGUAUCAUUAGAAAGAUUUUGAUAAAUUAGGUUAUAUUAAAUACACUGCCAAAUAGAUUUCAAUAAAAUGUUUCUAAUGAU